UUUUUAGCCAACCACGCUUUCAAUCUCUAUGCUAAACAGUGUUGUUUGCUGUGCGAGACUAUCAGUCACCGGCGGAACAAAUUCCGGGAAUAAGAGAAGAGCCGGCGAAAAUGGUGCUCCGCAAGUUCGUCGUGGAACACGGAAGCUCAGCCUUCGACGUCGACUAUGACACAGACGACGGCUUUGAGGUGCUCAAAUUCCAGCUCUUCUCUCUCACAUCCAUCCCUCCUGAUCAGCAAAAGAUAAUUAGAAGUGAUGAUAACCACAUGGUAUUGGAGGAUUAUGAUCUCGAAUCAGUGUGUAAUAAGCUGCGGUUGGUGUCAAUUGAGGAGGAUGAAAAUGCAAAAGAAGUUGAGAAACCUGUGGCUGAUUUUGUGACAUCUGAUGAAGAAUUGGCUCGAAUGCUGCAGGCAGAAGAAGAGGCAUUAAUGAUGCAACAGUUUGUGACUAGUGAAAAUAGAGAGCAAGUUGAACAGAAGAUUCGACCUUAUCUUGAUCAAGUUCUAAUGUAUGAAGACACACAUCGGCAAGAGGCAGCUCGAAAGACGGUACCCGUGGAUAAGCUUGAGGAGAAGGCAAUGGUUGCCUUGGCCAGGGAGGGAAAUUGCAAUCCGACGAAAGAUCAACUUGAUCAUGCAUUCCUGUUGCAGUUGCUCUACUGGUUUAAGCAGUCAUUCAGGUUCAGAUACUUCUAUAGAAAUGUCCUCGGCUAUUUCAUUAUCAAAAGCGCUGAGGGUCUGAACAAGCCAGCAGAGGAACCGGUCUUCCCGAUUCCCGAAAAGUUUGCAAAUAUUAUGGAGAAGACAGUGAGGGAUUUUCAUGGGAGGGGGUUGAUUGAGGUGCUCACUUUCAUCUUGCUGCGUGAGAUAGAGUGGGUAAAUGCACCACCUUGUGACAGUUGCAAUAGUGAAACAGUCAAUCAGGGCAUGGGAGUUGCAAAUCAUUCCGAGUUACUUUAUGGAGCAUCUCGAGUUGAAGUAUACCGCUGCAAGUCAUGUAUGAACCAAACCCGCUUCCCGAGAUACAAUGACCCGCUGAAGCUUCUUGAAACAAGAAGGGGACGCUGUGGGGAGUGGGCGAAUUGCUUCACACUAUAUUGUCGAGCUUUUGGCUACGAAUCUCGGUUGAUUUUGGACCUCACAGACCAUGUUUGGACAGAGUGCUUCUCACCAUAUCUUGGAAGAUGGAUGCACCUUGAUCCUUGUGAAGGAAUAUACGACAACCCACUGCUAUAUGAGAAAGGCUGGGGAAAAAAAUUGAACUAUGUAAUCGGUAUAGCUAAAGAUGGGGUUUAUGAUGUCACCAAGCGUUACACAAGAAAGUGGCACGAGGUUUUGUCCAGACGAGUUAUAACCACUGAGCCUACCCUGGCAAAUAUAAUCUCCGAUAUAACAAAAGAAAGGCGGAAAACCUUCAGCAAUGAGACACUCUUAAAGCUUGAAGAGCGUGACAAAAAUGAAGUAGAUGAACUUGAACGGGCCUUGUUCUCUAAAGACGAUGCCUCGAUCUCACUCCCUGGAAGGCAAAGUGGGGAUAAGGAGUGGCGUAUAUCAAGAUCGGAAUUUGGCUCUGGUGACCACAGCUCCUUAAGUUCCUCAUCCUGCCCAGUCCGUAAAUGUGUGGAUGAACAUGUGACGAAAAUUUAUAAUGCAUUUUUUCCCAUCAUUAGUCAAUUACUGGAGCUAGCGUAUGAUAUAUCUAGCGCAACAGAAAUGCUCGAGUCUUUCAAAAGGAUUUUGGUCACCCUAAAAAACUCCCCUUUCAAGGCCAGGAGAACCACUAUAAAUGCGGUGUCAGCUAAUUCAUUGUUCGGUAAAAUGCUUCCCUCAUUCGGUCAGUUGUUUGAUGCCCUUUCAUUAAGGACCAAAUCAGGCGUUGAUGGGGCUACUGAUAUACGCUCGGCUUCAGAUCCUGUAAAAACGUCCCUAGCACUGCCUGUUGCCUUCCAUGCUUUGGAUGAUUUAAUACAUAAUUUGAACUGUUGCGAGAAGCUGAACAAAGAAUCUCUGUCUUGGCCACUUUUGAAGCUUAACAGAAUCUGUUCUGGCUUUGUACUUGCAAGUGGUGAGGAGCUUCCUUUUGGGAUAGCCACAUGUGCAUUUGAUGGGACUCGUUUGUCAAAGUGGGAGGAACCAAAUGGGGCAACAGGCUGUUGGAUCAUAUAUAAGGUGGUUGAAAACCGUAUGCACAAGCUUAUUGCUUAUGAAUUGAUGUCAGCAAACGAUGCUCCAGAGAGAGACCCGAUGGACUGGAUCCUCGAAGGAAGUGAAGAUGGAGGCUCCAAUUGGCACGUCCUGGAUGAACAGACCUCACAGAUAUUUAGCAAGAGGUUCCAGCGAAAAACAUUUACAGUUGAAAAAUCCCGAUCAUUCGUGGCAAAUACCUUCAGGUUUAGAUUUCUUUCAGUUAGAGAUGCCAAAUCAACGUCACGGUUUCAGAUUGGCAGCAUUGAUCUCUUCGCAAGCACAGACGAUGUUCAUGGCUUAGAAUAAUGAAAGCCCGAGUGAAAGCUCUAACUUAUUGCUUCUCUUUCUCAUUGGAAACUAUAGACCUUUGAGAAUUUCAGAAGUUGGCUUAAGCUAACAAAGUUGUUGUACCUUGUAAUUUCAUGUUUGCUGUUGUACUUUUUCGAGAAUAUAGAGAACAUGCAUAAUAGUGUAUCUUACAAAGGUGUACUUGUAUUUUAGUGUUGGACUGUUCUAUUGCGUAUGUCCAAAAUAUGGAUUAGACUCGUGCAUUUCAAAUGUUGAAAGAAAGGAAGCAAUUACAUUGACAAUUAACCUUGACUGGGAAGUAUUUCAUCUACUUGGAAUUCGAUUAAUACAUA